AUGGCCCCAGAGAACAAAGCUGCCUUCAUUACCGGGGUCAACAAACCCCUCGAGAUCCGCGAAACCCCCUACACACAGCCAACCGACCAUGAACUGGUGAUCCGCACACAUGCGGCCGCCCUCAACCCCAUCGACGUCGCCUUCUACAGCAUGGGCCCCUUAUUUCCCUGGGUCAGCUACCCGCUCAUUGCAGGCUUUGAUGUCGCCGGUGAGAUCGUCGAGGUUGGCCCCUCUGUCACCCGGUUCAAGCCCGGAGACCGGGUCGUAGGCCUGGCUGGUGGAGCCGCCCGUCAGCCCAACAUGUACCUGCCACAGUCUGGGUUCCAGCUAUACACUGUGAUGAGGGAGGCCGUCACCGCGCCUAUCCCAGAUAACAUCUCCUUCAUCGAUGCAUCGGUCAUUCCUCUGGCACUGUCGACCGUGGCGUCCGGGAUGUUCGCAAAGGACUAUCUCGCCAUGAGGCACCCACAGUGCCCGCCUGUCCAAGCAGACGGCGAGAAGGAAGUUCUCCUGAUGUGGGGAGGAUCAAGCAGCCUGGGAUGCAACGCCAUUCAGGUGGCUGUCGCAGCGGGAUACGAAGUUGUGACGACGUGCUCCCCGCACAACUUCGAGCUGGUCAAGAGUCUUGGAGCCAGCAAGGUGUUCGACUACAAGUCCGAGACGAUCGUAAAAGAUCUAGUAGCGGCCUUGGAUGGACGGAAAACCAUCGGAGCCCUGGCUGUCACUAGAGGGUCUGUUCAGCCUUGCGCGGCCGUCAUCGCAAAGACGAAUAGCAGAAAGUUUGUCGCAUCCUGUGUCCCUCUCACGGCUGAGGAGGAAAAGAUCGGAGACGUUGAAUGCAAAUUUAUCUGGGGAGGCGCACUCGAAAGCAACGAGGUUGGACCCGCUAUCUAUGAGCAUUAUCUUCCUCGCGCCAUGGCCGAGGGAGCGUUCGUCCCUGCUCCGCAGGCUAAGGUCGUAGGAAAGGGAUUAGAGGCGUUUGAAGAGGCGUUGAAGACUCUACAACAGGGUGUCAGUGCGACCAAGGUUGUUGUUGAUUUGAGCGACUAA